UCCCUGCCCUCCCCUAUGCCUCCCAGGGUGCUGGUUCUGCCACAGUGAGGCUCCGGCACAGUGGGGUGAAGGCUCGCCUCUUCACUUGCAGGUUUCUCAAAGUGCCUUCUCCCUCCGGCCUGCUUCCCUAGCCUGCCAGGUCUCCUGGGCUGGUGGCGGUGGGGGGCCGUGCCCCGUGGGCCCCACGGAGAGAUGCUGGGUGCCUGGGACCGCCGAGACCGGCCCUCCGAGGAGGGGGCAGCUGCCGCGCUCCAGGGCUUCGCCGUGGACAAGAGCUUCCUCUCUUCCCUCAAAGGCAUCCUGCUGGAGACCGAGCUGGACGGGGCAGCUCCUGAUGAGUGUGAGGCCUAGGCUGGCCAGUGCCCGUGUCCCCUUCCUGGCAGGCGCCCCCUGCUCCGUCCCGCAGGUCCUGGUUUUCAUCAUCUUCAUCUGCUUCACGGCCUCCAUCUCUGCCUACAUGGCCGCGGCACUGCUGGAGUUCUUCAUCACGCUCGCCUUCCUCUUCCUCUACGCCACCCAGUACUACCAGCGCUUCGACCGGCUCAACUGGCCCUGUCUGGACUUCCUCCGCUGCAUCAGCGCCAUCAUCAUCUUCCUGGUGGUCUCCUUUGCUGCUGUGACCUCCCGGGAUGGAGCUGCCAUUGCUGCUUUUGUUUUUGGCAUCAUUCUGGUUUCUGUCUUUGCCUAUGAUGCUUUCAAGAUCUACCGGACUGAGAUGGCGCCCAGGGCCUCCCAGGGGGACCCGCAGUGACUCUGGGGCUAACUGGCUCCUAGCUGCCGCCGGACCUGCACUAGUGGGGCCCAGCCACGUCUCCUUUGGGUUCAUAGCUCCUGGCCCAGGCCUACAGAGACAUCUGCCUGAGAAGUCACUGGAGACGCGUCUGUGGAGCCUGACUCUUGAUGAAGCCCUGGCCAGGAGAGGGGGACUUAGGGAAGGAGGGGGUGGGCAGAGGAAGCUGGCCCUCCAAGGGCCCCCAAAUUAAAAGAUUGGAAUCUGA